CCCAUCGCCGCCGCCGCGGCCUUGACCAUGGCCAAGGCCGCCGCCCUCGCCGAGGUGACCCAGGUGCUGUGCGCGGCCGGGGGCGCCUUGGAGCUGGAGGAGCUGCGGCGCCGCCUGCAACACGGCGUCGGUGCGGACAAGCUGGAGCGGCUGCUGCGGGAGGGCCGGCGCUUUGCGGUGGCGACGCGGGCGAGAGGCGCGGCCGCUGCCUCAGGCUCCGAGCGGGUGGUGGUGGCCAUCUCGGCGCUGCGCCUGUGUCGCGGCCGGGGCGUCAAGACCACCUGCACGGGGCUCUGCGGGGAGCUGCACUUCUGCAAGUACCUGGUCCUGGGGGCCUGCAAGUUCGUCAAGAGCGGGAAAAACUGUAGGAACAGUCACAGCUUGACAACUGACCACAACAUGAGUGUGCUGAAAACUCACGGCGUCGACCACCUCAGCUACAGUGAGCUCUGCCAGCUCUUGUUUCAGAAUGACCCCUGGCUCUUGCCGGAGAUCUGCCUUCACUACAACAAAGGAGAUGGACUCCAUGGCGCUUGUGCCUUUCAGGAGAAAUGUAGCAAACUCCAUGUCUGCCAGUAUUUUUUACAGGGUGAAUGCAAAUUUGGCAAAGGCUGUAAGAGAUCUCAUAAUCUCUCUAAUCCUGAGAAUCUGGAAAAACUGCAGAAGUUGGGCAUGAGCUCAGACUUGGUGCCCAGACUGCCUUCCAUUUAUAGAAAUGCUCAUGACAUCAAGAACUGGAGCUCUGUCCCAGGCUCACCGAAGACUUCUGAAAGAAGAGACAGUUCCGGUUCUGUGUCCUCAACCACUACUAACCAAGAGGAGAACGAUCAGAUCUGCUUGUUCCAUAUCUGGAAAAGUUGUAGCUUUCAAGAUAAAUGCAGUAAAGUUCAUUUCCAUUUGCCGUAUCGAUGGCAGUUCUUGGAUGGAGGCAGGUGGAAGGAUUUGGAUAAAAUGGAGCUUAUUGAAGAAGCAUAUAGCAAUCCCAAUAAAGACAGAGUCAUGUGUGCUGAUUCGGUCAAUAACUCUCACCGUGAGUAUCUGAACUUUGAGUCUAUGAAGUUCGGCACUGCCCAGGCCCGCCGCCUCUCUACAGCCUCCUCAGUCACCAGAGCUCCACACUUCAUCCUCACUACUGAGUGGGUUUGGUACUGGAUUGAUGACUUUGGUUUUUGGCAGGAAUAUGGAAAACAAGGCGUGGAGCACCCCAAGACUACUGUUUGCAGCAGCAAUGUGGAGAAGGCCUACCUGGCAUACUGUGCAUCAGGGUCUGACACCCAAGCAGCUGUUCUCAAGUUCGAGGCUGGAAAGCACAAAUACAAGUUGGACUUCAGAGAUUUUGUUCAGAAAAACCUGGCCUUUGGCACAUCAAGAAAGGUUUGUCGGAGACCCAAAUAUGUGUCUCCUCGGGAUGUGAAGGUGAAGCAAACCAGCAAUGUCAAGUUUCAAGGCCCAAAGAACAUCCCAGACCAUUGGGACCCCUCAGCCCUACCAGACACCGGCUUUCAGCUGGUCACCCUCAGUUCUUCCUCAGAAGAAUACCAGAAGGUCCAUAGUCUCUUUAACCGUACACUGCCCUACUUUGUUCAGAAGAUCCAGCGAGUCCAGAACCUGGCUCUCUGGGAAAUCUACCAGUGGCAAAAAGGGCAGAUGCAGAAGGAAAAUGGAGGGAAGACCGUGGAUGAGAGACAGCUGUUCCAUGGCACCAGUGAUGAUGUCGUCAAUGCCAUCUGCCAGCAGAACUUUGACUGGCGGGUCUGUGGCCUUCAUGGCACUAACUAUGGCAAAGGGAGCUACUUUGCCCGAGAUGCCAUGUAUUCCCACCACUACAGCAAAUCGAACUCGAAGUUCUUCAUGAUGUUCCUGGCUCGGGUGCUGGUGGGCGAGUUCACCCGAGGCAAUGCCUCCUUUCUCCGCCCCCCAGCCAAGGAGGGCCAGAACAGCGUCUUCUACAACAGCUGUGUGAAUAGUGUGUCUGACCCUUCUAUCUUUGUGAUCUUUGAGAAGCAUCAGAUUUACCCAGAGUACGUCAUCCAGUACACCACCUCCAAGCCUGUGGCCACGGCCUCCGCCCAACCUGCAGACGGUGCCUCCAGCUUGUUAUCCUUGGUGUCCCUCCUUCAUAUCCAGCAGUGAGCACAAGGACGUGUAUUAUGUCCUUCAGGCUUGUCUUCCUUGAAAGAGCUAUUUGGGAAGGGUUGUUUGUUUUUUUAUAUAUAUAACAAAAACACUUUUAAUGAACUGUUUAAUGUUGACUUCUUGAUGAAGUUACAUUCUUAUUCUCUUCCUGACAGUAGUUUUUGGUUUUAAGACACUUUUGAGCUCAAUAGUGGGCUGACCAGUAGUGAUUGUAGGUGAGCCCAUUAUUGCUUUUUACUAGGGUGGUGUUUUAUUUUUUACUCUCUUUGUUGACUUUGCUACUGACUGGCACCAGGUACAGAGUUUCCAGAUACUAUUUUAUGGAUUGGUUUUAAUUUUUAAUUUCUGUCUCCAGUGAUCUGGUUUUUCACCAUCUCGGUGGCAUCUUGUUCUGUUUUUUUUUUCAGAAUACCAUGGUAGCCUAGGGUUCAGGAAAACCUGCACUUGUGGCCCAAGGAGAUAGUCAUUGUGUCUCUUGCUCUGGCUGUAAUCUAGGCAGCUCUUCUGCUGCUGCUCUUGGGCUCCUGGCAUUGGAAUUGGUCCGUAUAUUAUGCUACUGUGGCUCCUGUGAGGUGUCACUGAACCCCUGAUGGUUGCCCUUUGUCAUGGGCCCAGCCCGUGAGUGUGCAUCCCAGCAUCUCCUAAGGGCACUGGACAUCCUCUGAAUAUGGGUUUUAUGUCUUCAUGGGAUUUGAAUACCUGUGCUGCAAUUUGUCACAAUAGA